AUGGCAAGCGCUGGUGUGAGACUGAAGCAUCUAAUAGAUUCAAAAGAACAAAGAGUGCUUUUUGGUGAAGCAGACCAGAAUUUCAUCGAUUUCCUCUUCAAUCUACUCUCCCUCCCUCUUGGGACUGUGGUUAGACAACUCAAAAAGCAAGGCAUGGUGGGUUGCUUGGGAAAUUUGUACGAGAGCGUUGAAACUUUGAACGACACGUAUUUGCAGCCAAACCAGAGCAAAGACAGUCUACUGAAGCCCACAUUUUAUUGUGGUUCUUCGGCCAUGCUUCUGCCAGAUGAUACUGAUUCCUCAACCUCAACGACAUUUUAUGUUUGCCAACCAAACAGUUAUGAACAAUGUAUUGAAUACUUUGCCGAUGACCCUAAUGCAAUUUGCCCUGUAUGUAACGUGUCAAUGAGCAAAAGGGGUAGGUUUGUGAAACCACAUAUUGGGAAAGAUGAGGAGGGGGGGUUUGUGAAGGGUGGUGGGGUGACUUACAUGGUGAUGGAUGACUUAUCUGUGAUUCCCAUGUCUGCCAUUUCUUGCUUGGCUCUUUUGAACAAGUUCAAUGUCACUAAAGUUGGUGGUUUAGAGGAAAAGAUCAUCACUUUGGAUGUCAAUGAGGGUGUGAAACUGCUAAGGGCUUCUCUUCAAUCGAAUACUAUUCUCACUGACGUCUUCUUUGGAAGGAUGAAGACUACGACUCCAAAAAGUUGUUCUUCUACUCCAAAUAGUUGUUCUUCAAGAAAGGGACGAGGAGGAAACUAA